AUGGCCGACGCUGUUGCUGAUGCUUUGGAGCAGCUCUCCGCUGAUCAAAUCGAACAAUUCCGCAAAUAUUUCAACAUGUUCGAUAAAGAAGGAAAGGGCUACAUUCGUGCGACGCAAGUCGGACAAAUUCUUCGCACCAUGGGUCAGGCUUUUGAGGAGCGUGACUUGAAGCAGCUCAUUAAGGAGUUCGAUGCUGAUGGUUCUGGUGAGAUCGAGUUCGAAGAGUUCGCUGCAAUGGUUGCCAACUUUGUCGUCAACAAUGAGAACGACGAGGGUCUUGAGGAGGAACUUCGCGAGGCGUUCCGUCUUUACGACAAAGAGGGAAAUGGUUACAUCAACGUUUCGGAUCUUCGCGAUAUCUUGCGCGCUUUGGACGACAACGUUUCAGAGGAGGAGCUCGACGAAAUGAUCGCCGAAAUUGAUGCUGACGGUUCGGGAACUGUCGAUUUCGACGAAUUCAUGGAGAUGAUGUCUGGUGAAUAA